GCAAUCGUUCGGUAUCUCUAUCGUUUAAUCGCCACGCGGCUCAUAUUAUAUAGAUAUCCGUAUUGGCGUUCUCUAUCGCGGCCCGCGGACGUCUCUUUACACUUUUAAGUUAUAACAGUUACAGAUGUGCCGGUCGCAUCGCACGGGACACGUUUUCAAAAACAGUCUCUCCCGAUAAUAAUAAUUAUUAGGUAGAACAUUGUAAUUACUGAAAAAAAAAUAUUAAUUUAAAACACCACCGUCACACAUUAAAAACGCGGUUUUAUAGCGUUAAUAAUAUCAUGUCGCAUCGUAAACGUCUAUCGCGUCGAGUGUCCAGACGCUAACCGCGGUUUUUGUUUUUGGUUCGUCUGAACUCACAUUGCCGAUUUCGGAACGAAUGCGAAAUAAUUUAUUAUAAAUUAUUAGAAAAAAAUUAAGUGCCACACACGGUUCAGAUAACCGUCUUUCGAUUGGAAAACACCAAAACACCGACGGACGCGUCAAAUCCACCACGCUACAGAUAUUUUAACACGAAACGCCUAGACGGCUAUAAUCGUAUCGUGCGAUACCUACUACUAUGGAGAAAAAAACUAUGAUAUACAACUUCGGCCCGGACGGCCGCGACGCGUGUUGGGCCGCGUUGACGAGUUCAUGGACCCAUUUUUCGAGACAGCAAGGCAUUAACACAAAACAAGUCUCAUGUGAUAGUUCAGCGUGCAGUGAUGUCGAAGCACAGUUCAAAGAUACCACAAGAACCCAAAACUCGUGGCCCGCCAAGUCACGCAGGCAAACCAAAAAAAAGAAGCAGAACGUUUUGACAACGGUGACGACGUCACUGUCUCCGCUGCCUCAGCCACUACCGUCAUCUUCGCCAAAGGCCCUCAAACGCCGAUCGGGUACACAACAACGGUCGACAUUGGCCAACGAUCAGCUAUCCAGUUCAGUGGAGGUUAUGACGCAAACGAUUUCGGAACCACCUUUGACUAAUGGGCCGUGCAACUGUAGCCAAUCGGUAAAUUCUGAACCGUCUGACGUGAAAAACGUCACAGGCAACAACAACAACAACGACGACAACGACGACGACACGGACAAAAACAAGUGGAAGCAUUACGGGAUGGUGGAGACGACUGAUGUCGUCGACCAGAAACAACAGCAACUCAUGUUGUGCGCGGCUGACUCCGGAACGUCGGUAGACAUCAAAGAACCAACCCCCGUAGACGCCGAUCAACCAAUCGAACACACACUCCAGAACGGAGGCGACCACGUUUCAUCCAUGUCUCAUCCACCUACUCCGUCUACUGUCGCCGAGCAAUCAAUCGAACGUGGUCUGCAAAACGGAGGUGACCACGUUUCAACUGAGCCCCGUCCACCGACGCCGUCCACUGCCACCGAAAAGCCUAUCGAACGUGCUCUGCAGAACGGAAGUGACCACGUUUCAUCCAUGUCUCAUCCACCUACUCCGUCUACUGUCGCAGAGCAACCAAUCGAACGUGGUCUGCAGAACGGAAGUGACCACGUUUCAUCCAUGUCUCAUCCACCUACUCCGUAUAUCGUCGUCGAGCAACCAAUCGAACGUGGUCUGCAGAACGGAGGUGACCACGUUCCAACUGAGCCCCGUCCACCGACUCCGUCCACUACCACCGAAAAGCAUAUCCAACGUGCUCUGCAAAACGGAAGUGACCACGUUUCAUCCAUGUCUCAUCCACCUACUCCGUAUAUUGUCGUCGAGCAACCAAUCGAACGUGGUCUGCAGAACGGAGGUGACCACGUUUCAACUGAGCCCCGUCCACCGACGCCGUCCACUGCCACCGAAAAGCCUAUCGAACGUGCUCUGCAGAACGGAAGUGACCACAUUUCAACUAGGUCCCGUCCACCGACGCCGUCCACUGCCACAGAAAAGCCUAUCGAACGAGCUCUGCAGAACGGAAAUGACCACGUUUCAUACAUGUCUCAUCCACCGACUCCGUCUACCGUUGCCGAAAAGCAGUUCGAACGUGCUCUGCAGAACGGAAGUGACCACAUUUCAACUAGGUCCCGUCCACCGACGCCGUCCACUACCACAGAAAAGCCUAUCGAACGAGCUCUGCAGAACGGAAGUGACCACAUUUCAACUGGACCUCGUUCACAGACGCCGUACACUGCCAUCGAAAAGCCAAUCGAAUGUGCUCUAGCGAACAUAGAUGAUCAAGUGUCAACCGUUUCUCGUCCACCGACGCCGUUCGCCGUCACCGAAAACCCGGCGAUGAUGAAAGUCGACGUGGGCUACCGUGAGGUUGUUUCACCCGCGUUAUGGCCACAAUUAUCGCUUACAACUUCAACUAAUGACACUGAAAACCCGAUGGACAUCACAAUCGUCUCACCGUCGUCACAGUCACAGCCCAAUGAUGACGAAGAGUGUCCAGUUCAACCGAAUUCAAGUAUGAUAGUGCUGUCAGAAAAACCGUUGUCCAAAUACGAUAUGAAGAUUAAAGAAAUAGACAACAGCAUAAUAUCGUACUCGAAAUCGUUCCUGAGCACGGUGUUUUUUGUCGUGCUCCUCCGCGUCUUGUUUUAAUACAAAACGCUUCAAUUCAACUAUUAUUUUAUAAAAUGUCUAUGCGUCCAUUUAUAUAUUAUAUUAUACUGGCGUACGAGUAAUAUUUUCCACCAACCGGGUAAUCCAAGGGAUUUUCGAUUUUCAAAAGCAUUCGUUAUAUUUUAAACGGAUGUUUAUGAAAAUCGAUCGUCCAUGGGCCCUCAGUAAAACGUUACUCGUCCGUAUCAGGUGAUGAUAAUAAUAAUAGUUAACUUUACAUCAUAAGGAGCAACAUUUUUUUAUUCAAAUUAUUAUAUAAUACGUCUGUUGAUGAUUUUUUUUCUUUUUCCAAAUAAUAUUGAUUUAUAUUACUGUUUAAUUUAUGUCAUAGUGUUAUUUAUACAUCGUACAAUUUACACAAUUAUUAUUAUCAUUAUACCUUAUUGCUACACGUGCUUUAUUCUACCAAAUAAAUAAAUGUUACAAUAAAUGUACAACCGUAGCCUAGAUUAGUUAAAUUAUCGUAACUUCUGUACCUAUUAAUUAUAUUAAAUGAUGUUCACGUGUAUGAACACUGUAUUAUUUAUUUACUAAACUUAUUGCAAUGCGAAUUAUUUUUCAUUUUAUUUGAAUUAUUAUUAUAAUCUAUAUAUUAUUAUUAUUAUUAUUAUUAGAUAUUAAAAACCAUGCUUCUUCGUAAGUAAAUAUAUUUCAUAAAAAAUGUUAUAAGUACAGGAUUUCAAUUUUAAAAACAAAAAAAAAUCUUUAUAAAGUAUUUAUUUGUCGUUAAUUUUUUUUUUUUUAGUUAAUUUACGCGUUUCCUGUAUGUAUAACGUAGGCUUAAAAAAUUUUUUUUUCACUUUACCAUGUAUUACGUAUGUAUUUGUAUACUAUUUGUAUUUAUUAUGCCAUAUAUUUUGUUAUCAUUAAAUUACUCCUAUUAUAAAAUAAUGUAAAAAUACUAAGAUAUUUUUGACGAACAAAAGUGUAUGCUCAAUCUAA